CCCCGUCGCGCGGGGCCGCGGCGGCCGCCUGGGCCGGAGCGGGGGCGCCGGGUCGGGCGGGGGCGAUGCCCCUCCACGUGAAGUGGCCGUUCCCCGCGGUGCCGCCGUUCACCUGGACUCUGGCCAGCAGCGUCGUCAUGGGCCUGGUGGGCACCUACAGCUGCUUCUGGACCAAGUACAUGAACCACCUCACCGUGCACAACAAGGAGGUGCUGUAUGAGCUCAUCGAGAACCGAGGCCCAGCCACGCCUCUCAUCACCGUCUCCAAUCACCAGUCCUGCAUGGAUGACCCUCAUCUCUGGGGGAUCCUGAAACUCCGCCACAUCUGGAACCUGAAGUUGAUGCGUUGGACCCCCGCAGCUGCAGACAUCUGCUUCACAAAAGAGCUACACUCCCGCUUCUUCAGCUUGGGCAAGUGUGUGCCCGUGUGCCGAGCAGCUCGGGGCCAGGGGCAGCAGAUGGUAGGCUCGCGCCAGGCCGGGGCGUCCCACCGAGAGAAGGCUCCGGGAGCUGGAGAGGGCGGAGACGGCGUCUACCAGAAGGGAAUGGACUUCAUUCUGGACAAGCUCAACCACGGGGACUGGGUGCACAUCUUCCCCGAAGGGAAAGUGAACAUGAGCUCCGAGUUCCUCCGCUUCAAGUGGGGAAUUGGACGCCUCAUUGCUGAGUGUCAUCUCAACCCUGUCAUCCUGCCGCUGUGGCACGUCGGAAUGAACGAUGUCCUUCCUAACAGCCCGCCCUACUUCCCCCGCUUUGGACAGAAGAUCACUGUGCUGAUCGGGAGGCCCUUCAGUGCCCUGCCUGUGCUCGAACGGCUGCGGGCAGAGAACAAGUCGGCUGUGGAGAUGCGCAAAGCUCUGACCGACUUCAUUCAGGAAGAAUUCCAGCGCCUGAAGGUCCAGGCGGAGCAGCUCCACAACCACCUGCAGCCCGGGAGCUAGGCGCCGCCCGGCCCAGACCUGCCCUCGCUGCCUCCUGCAGGGCCGCUGGCCCCCAGCCCGGGGGGAGGCAGCUCCCACCCAGGCCCCAGCCGCCUGCUCUCGGGGCUGCCUUCGGGUUCUUGCCCCACACAGAGCUGAACUGGGGGAACGCGCUGAUGUUUUGAGAUCAGAUACGUGUUUUUAGACAGAUUUAUGCUUAACCCUUGAUGGGUAGCGUGUCCUCGUUGGUGAGCAUUCCUUCUGCUCUGAGCUGCUUCAGUUGAAGGAAGUGCUCCUCCCACUUGGCCACGAAAAGAGGAGGAAAUUUUGGCGGGGGCCUGCCUCCUCCUUGCCUUCAGGUGUUCUCCGCCAGGGCUGGCAUCGGGAUGGAGGGUACUUGAAGGGGGGUGGGCGGCCAGGCCAAAACUUUGGGUAAGGGGCCCAGGAGGCCCUUAGCCCGGCGUCCACCCACCGGCCCCAAUCUGGGAGCCGUCCAGCACCUCCUCAGGGAUGGCCGCAGCCACGUCUUCCUUCUGCCCACACUUCCCGCAGAUGUGGGGUCCUCGGGCAGGGCCCAACCCUGGGCUGCAAGCAGAAGAGCAGCCUUUUGCCAGGAGUGGAAGCCAGCUGAACGGAGCCUGCAGCAAGGGCCUGACACCCAGCCACUUGCCCACGUGCCAGGGCCCACCAACUGCUCUGUCUUGUCCAGCUCCCUGGCAUCACAGGAGUCCCCCAUGGGCCUGGGUUUUUGUAUUUUGUAACCAAUAAAGCAUCUGUGUCGUGUUUUA